AUGUUUCUAUGGCUGUUUUUCUUGGGACAAAUUUUAACAGUGCCAGUUCCUAGUAAGUCUAUGGAAUUACCUGAAAUUUUAAGUGAAGGAGAGUUAUUCAAAAGUAAUGAAGGGCUAAUGAGAUUCAUUAUACCCGGUUCAGUGCCAUCUAAGUCACAAAGUCAAGGGAAACUUCAGCUAUCAGAUUUAAUCGACCAGGAUGACGAAACUUACAAAAUAUUUAUGACCCACUUUGAAGCGGGACGUGCUAUAAAAGGAUUAACUUUUAAUAUAUACGACGACAAUAUGCGUGAUGCAACAAUUGCCCUGUUUCGUAUAUUCCAAUGUGUCGACAAUGAAAAACUGUGGUUGAUUCGAGAUUGGGCAAGAGAAAAUGUUAAUAAGGCUAUGUUUGACUAUGCCUGGAGACUAGUAUCAUUAUACAGAGUGGACGCUGCAUCUAAAGAAAACGAACCACCUUUUAUAUCUAAACCAAAUUACUAUAUUAACAGUGAAGCGAUAAUAAAAGCAUUCCAAUUUAAAACUGAAAACUUCAUGACAGAUACACAAAUAGCUAAGAUUAAUCAAAUAUUCGCUGGGAAUAACUUGGUUGUGAUAAAUACGAAUUACUCUAGUUGGAAUUUGAUAAGUGAAGGUUGUGAAGAAAAUCUCGACUACUUCAGAGAAGAUAUAGCAUUAAACAGCUAUUAUUAUGGCGUGCAUUUACAAUAUCCUUUCUGGAUGAGUAAUGAUGAACUGUCAGGAGUAGACCCAAGAUAUGCCGAACGCGAUUUUUACAUACACCAGCAGCUUCUUGCAAGAUAUUUUUUGGAGAAGCAGCACUAUCGUGCACGGAAUGUGUCCAGCGAAUCUAAUUGUUUCCGAGAUUAUAAUCCAUAUUUACUACAUGACAAUGGCCUUCCAUUCCCAACUAGAUCUUCAGUAUUGCCACAGUGGAACGAGGAACAAGCUCGAAUUAAAUCUAUAGACAUUGCUAUAAGAGAGUGUAUUUCAAGAGGAGUUAUAUAUAUGGAUAAUGGAACAAAAAUAGCACUUACUGAGGACAACUAUGUUGAUUUGUUAGCGAAAUUAAUACGGGCCAACUUCGACGGGAUACAAACAGCUAAAGUAGUAAAAUCGUUGUUUGGUUACGGCUCUAAUAGUUAUCCCAGCGAUAGAUAUAACCCUGCUCCAUCGGUACUUCAUAACCCACAAACAACCUUACGGGAUCCAUUGUACUGGCAAAUGAUUCAAACAUUAUUAAAAUAUUUCACUGAAUACGCGACCACGUUAGCGCCAUACGAUUUCUCCAAAUUUGAGAACAAUAAUUUUUACAUUGUUGAAAGUUCAUUCUCUAAAAUCACAACAUACUUCGAUUAUUACCAAAUAAGUUUGAACAAACUAUUGUAUAGCGAGGAAUACCUGGCAAAGAAGCCACUGACGACCUUUACAGCCAGACAAAGAAGGUUAAAGCAUUUACCAUUUACGUUUAAUUUCACAAUUGAAUCUGAAGUCAACGACAAUGGUAUUGUAAAAAUUUUUAUUGGUCCUGAAUGCGAUCAGAAUAAUUGCUGGCGAGAAUAUGCAAACUUCUUUGAAAUCGACUCAUUCUUAUACAAAUUUGAAAAGGGCUUAAAUAUCAUUACUUGGUCUCCAGAAAACUCGGUAAAGUUUUCACAUGACGAUUUCUAUAAUAUGGAACAAUCGUACAAUAAGAAAAAUAGAUUUGAUCUCUUUAAAUUUCCCGAAAACUUAUUAAUACCUAAAGGUUUAGAGGAAGGUUUAAAUGUAACAUUAUUCACAAUGAUUCUAUCAACUACGGAACUUCCUACCGAUGGUGACAGUAAUGAUAUUGAUUCGCUACCUUUAGGAUUUCCUUUUCAUAGAAAAGCUGCCAUAAACCCUGAAUCAAUAGCUAGCAACUAUGUAUUCAAUAAUAUUACUAUUUACCAUAAAAAAAGUACAAAUGAUAUAAUGAAAGGCUAUUUUUCAGCUCAUUUGAAUUAA